ACAACCACCCUCUGUUUGUUAUCACAGCUUUCCUGGAGCUUACCACCAAACAUCACAGUUGGAUGAAGAGACAAAGUGCCUCAGCCAUUUGAAAUAAAGAUUUGAUGCCUUAGGACAUGCACAGUUCAGCGACAAUUUAAAUUAAGAUGCUGAGCUGUGAAAUGGGGCAGCUGAGAAGACCUCCAGCAAAGAGUCUGAGCAGACUCGUCCACAACCUCAGUGCCAUCUGCCUAAAUGCCUCGCUGUUUGGUGAUGGUGCCAACCACUUCUUCCAUGUGCUGAUCUCCACUGGAACAGACCGGUCUUGGAAAGGCAGAGCAGGCAGGCAGUGAGCAGCACAGAGCACGGGCAGUCAGAGGCAUAGCUCAAGCCUACUCGCUGGACUCCUUUUGUUUGGCACUGCAUCCCCAGAUUGCAUCAGCACGGUCCUGUAACACUCCUGCUGUCAAAGACCCGUAGAGAACAGUUUCCAGACUGGUUUCAUCGGGGGAGAAGAAACCUUCAUAUGGACAGCAGUGGCGCACCCAAGUGGUGUGUGCAGAACACUAAGCCGGGAUGAAAAGAUGUUUGUACCCAGCUACAUACCUGUGCACAAGUCCACUGAUAGAGGUAUAACUCUUCCUCUUCACAAUGCCUUAAUCUUCCAGCUUUGGAGCAGUCUCAGGAAGCCAUGUAGCACGGCCCUUUACAGGCACUUCCAGAAUAACUUUAAAAGUGGCUGGAUAACCGGACUCCUGUAUAAUUCCUGACAAAAUGCACCAUGUGAUGAACUGCACCACCAAGUCCUUGCACUCUGCCUUCACACCCAGUGCAUGCUUGCAUACCCUUCACACCUGCAUCUGCUGGGUAGCCAGAUUAUAAAAGGAAGGAGAAAAUAAAAGAAAAGGAAAAAAUGACAGAUGUAUGGCCCAGUGAUGUAAUUUCAAGCAAGUCUUGUAAUGGAGAGCAUGCCCUUUGCAGCCAACUGUUGCUGCCACAGUGUUGCUCCCUACCAUGUGGGGGGAAUGUGAGCAGCACAUCACCAGAAAUGCCUUGUGCCUCGGAGCAGCUUGCUGAGGGUUAGAUGGAAAGCCGUGGAACAAACCGUGGCUGUGGGUGACCAAGAGAAGAAAGCACAUGAUUUGCUAAUAGAAAUAUUCUUGGCUUAGAUCUUGAGACUGAUUAGACCUGUAGGCAGAGAAAAAUGAAACCGGUGCUGACUUCUAUAAUCCAUAGCAUGCUUCAGGACUUAACAUUUUCAUGAUUUUGCAUGAUAACAAAAUCAGAAGUCAAAGAAAAGGGCAAUAGCAACUCGUCAUGUGGUAGCAAAGUCAGAAGGCAACAUACAGCCUAGCAGGAGGUGAACAGGGAACUUGAACCGUGUCCAGGUGGAAGUCUUAGGAUGCAGCAUCUAGUGACCGUACAUCUAAGCACGGAUGCAGCACAAAGUGAGUGCUCAUGAAUUGCAGCACUGCAGCAGGUUGCCCUCAGACAUCAGGUCACACUCUUUGCUUCCAAUAAAAAUGAGCAGUGCAAGAAUCGCUCCGUAAGUAACAGCAUAAUCAAAUCCUGAGAGAGUAGGAGGAAAGGGACCCAGAAGAAGAAGAUAAAAAGCAAUCAUCCACUUGAAGAAGCAAAGAAUAAAAAUAAGGUGCAUGGCUGGCAACAUUAUGGAAAGAAAAGGAGAGAAAGAUAUAAAAUAAUAGCCUCCACAAUAUAAGUCUACAGUUGAGGAAUGCAAGUAAUUUCAAGGUGGCUGAACAAAAGGGAGAAAGAAGUUAAAAUAAUGACAUGGUAAAUCCACAAGGGCAAACUAGAAAACCACAGCCGGGAUCAGUGAAAACAAAUGAUAAGCAGAAAAAGCAAAACACACCAAACAUUCCUUUAUGGAAGCCAGAACAAAUGGUCAGGAUAACAACUUGACACGCUUUUUAAACAUUUAAAGGAAGGAGAAUGACAACAGGAAUAGCGAGGGAAACAUUUUUAGAAGAUGAUAGUGGCAAUGAAAGGCUUCCAUGGAACAGUUUCACUUUCUGCCUAAUAAUCUAAAAGUCAUGCCAUUCCAAGCAUAGAUCAGGCUACAUAAAUUAAUCUUCAAAUGAGAGCAAGCAUCAUUUAUUUUAAUAUACAUUUAUUUGCAUUGUAUAUGUGGUAUAUGAUGGUUUUAUUUUAAAUAAUUAUGUCUCUGUGUUAUCUUUUUAUUCUUCAGUAGCCCAGGAACUUGUUCCUUUCUGAACCUAUUUUAGUACUUUCCUCCAAACCAGUUUUUAGCAUUUACCAUAAAUUUACCAGAAAUUUUGCCUGAAAAUGAAGCUGCUGACUUUGGCUUCUAGGCAGUGGUUUGCAGGAAAAAAAAAUGAGAGCACUUCAUGUUACCCUUACUGAUAACACAGCUAGCCAGGUAGAUUGCAAUGCACUGCCUUGACAGAGAGGUGGCAACUCCAUGCACAGCUGCUCGUCGGAGAUAGACUGACGUCCGAGGAGUCCCACUCCUGUACUGACAGCAGGGCAUAAAUAUUUUCCUUUACCUCAAUGAGAAUUUGUGUUUUGGAGCAGUGCAAUCUGGUUCGCACCCUUGCUGUCUCCAGAAUACUUUCUGUGCCUGUGGUAGCAGCAAAACAUAGGAUCACAACAUCUGGAUCACUCACCUGUCCUCAUCUGUGGAGCAGGAAAAUCUCUGUGUGCUGGAAAGCUGCAAAAACAUCCAGAUAGCAUUCAGCUUCAAACUCAGCUGCUGGAAUGUGGGAGUCUUUAAUGUAGGGUAUGCCUAAGACCCUGUUACAUUCAGCAAAGCCUGCUCAGUGAUUCAGCUCACUGUGUGUGUUUUUGUCAGGAAAAGGUUAACAGCUCUCUAGACUAAGCCCAGACUCUGAACUUGGCUGUCUAAGAUUGUGAUCAACACUGACAGGAGCAGGGACACCUCCCUGAUGCGUGGACACCUGGGUCUGCAAGCUAGCAUCCUGCUCUGUGGGUGCUGUAUUGCUGGCAGAGUUGGAGGAACCCUCUGGGAGCAGGUGAUGGGUGCGUGGUGUGUUGGGGAGUGUGGGCACCAGCCCCAGCCCUGCUGCCUGCCUCCCUGCAAGGCUCUUCUUUCUGCCAAGAGAGGCUGAAACCACUGAGUUCUGUGACCCCUGCACACAAAGCAUGCCACUGUCAUUCAUCCAGCUGUAAUAAUUUCUGCUAAAAAAAUAAAUAGCUGUAUGAAAAAAAAAAAAAAAAGGUCAUUUGUUCUUAUAAGAACUAAUUAUAAAAUCCAUGACUGUGUGAUGUAGCAUCCAGUUCACUUCAACAAUGCUGGCAAUGCUCCCUCCUGUUUUUUCCUGAACGUGUUUCUACAAACACAGUUUCUGCAGGGGUUGGGGCUGACACAGGGCAUUUGAAUGUGUCUGAGAGGGGAGAGUUAAUUUUUGUAUUUAUGAUUGUGAGUAUAUGCUGCUGUGUCCAACAGGACUAAAGGAUAUUGUCUAGCUUAUAAAGUGAAAACAAACAUUGCAGGUCAAAUUCCUGUUUCCAUAUUAAACCCAUUCCAAAAAAAAAAAAAAAAGAAAGAAAAGAAAAAUAUUCUUGAGGAAUCAAAAGUCCUGGAAUUUUCCACGUCAAACUGACCUAACACAAACAGCACAGACUGUGCUUGUGAGCUUGUGAUUUAAAUGCGAUGAGGUUAAUAUGGCUUCCUAAAUGUAAUCUCUUUCUACAGGGGUAGGAUGUAUUGCUUCUAAAUUUAAUUACGGAGGUGGGUGGGUUGGAUCCCUAAAAUUUAAAUAUGGGUUAGGGUGUGGAUUUAUAGCCCUGCUCCUCCCUGCAAAAGCUGGGGACUGCUUGUGUCUGGGCCCAUCUUUUCAAUUAAUUUUCGGUAAUUAAAGUGUGAUGUGUGGGAUGGGGCUAAAAUGAAAUACAAUUAAAAUGUAAUGCCUCUCCUUUGGUAUCUCCAUCCUUAUUCAUUUUAAACCAUCUCCAGUGCUCUGAUGAGUUUAAGUCUUCCUGUAUCACGUACUGUGCAAGCAGAAAUGUUUGAGUGAACUCCUGCCAAUGGCUCUGAGCAAGCAUGGGGCAUGUUUCAGAUUACACCGUGUUUUGUUGUUCUGAUCUGAUCUCCUUGCUAGGAGAGGCUGAGAAAGGCCGCUCUAGGGGAUUUACUUCCAGCAGCAGCAGCACAUGAUCCCUCAAUCGCGUGAUUCUCACCACCGAGGACUAAUGGGGAGGGUGAAGAAAAAGCACACGCUGCCUUGGGGAAGCAACAGCAGCUCCUGCUCGUGGGCCCCCUCCACCAGCCGGACGCUUCAUGGCUUCUCCCCGCUUAGAAACCUACUGCUGCCCGAACCGGGAUGCAGCCACGCAGCUCGUGAUGAGCUUCCAGCCCGAGGUCUUCUGCGGGGUCUGCAUCGGCAGUGCCUCCGUCAGCGUGCUGCUGACCGUCCUGCAGCUCCUGCCAAAGAAGGGACAGAUCCUGCGGAAGAUGCCCAAAGCCUCCUCCUCCACCACCAUCCUUCUCCUUAUCUCUGUUUGUGACAUCCUCGGUGGUUUAGGUGUGAUCUUCAGAUCCAGCGUCUGGUUGGGCUUUCCAGGCUUCAUCGCCAACAUCUCGGUGGCAAACAUGACCGACAUGUGGCCCUCUGCCUUCUGCGUGGGGAGCGCGAUGUGGAUCCAGCUGUUAUAUAGUGCGGGCUUCUGGUGGUUGUUUUGCUAUGCUGUCGAUUCUUACUUGGUGGUAAGAAGAUCAGCAGGACUGAGUACGAUCGUGCUGUACCACAUGAUGGCCUGGGGCCUGGCAGUCCUGCUCUGCGUGGAGGGAGUGGCGCUGCUUUACUACCCGUCCCUGUCCAGUUGUGAAAAAGGCCUGGAGCAUGCAAUUCCCCAUUACAUCACAACCUACGCCCCACUCCUGCUGGUGCUGGUGGUCAACCCGAUCCUGUUUAGAAGGACAGUAUCUGCAGUUGCCUCUUUACUGAAAGGCAGACAAGGGAUUUACACGGAGAAUGAGAGACGUCUGGGGACAGAGAUCCAGAUGCGCUUUUUCAAAAUUAUGCUGGUAUUCAUUGUUUGCUGGUCAUCUAAUAUCGUCAAUGAGAGCCUUUUGUUCUAUCUUGAGAUGCAGCCAGAUAUCAAUGAAAUGCCUCUGAAAAACAUCAGAAGCGCCGCACUGAUCACAUGGAUUAUCAUGGGGAUUCUUAAUCCCAUGCAAGGCUUCCUCUUCACAUUGGCUUUCUAUGGCUGGACGGGAUGCAGAGUGGACCUGAAAUGGCAGAAGAGAGAAAUACCCUGGGAAUCCAUGUCCUCGUCAACCGUGGGUGAAAAUGCCUAUCCCUCACCUGUGAACUACCAAACCAACCUCCAUGAUCCAAAGAAGUUAUCGACAACUGACAGCCAGCAGACUGAUGAGGCUAUAAGCAUGUUGUCUGAAGGUAACACCAGUGGUGAUGACAGGAUAACCAGGAGCUCUCCCAUCUACCAGGGCUGGUAGUUCAUAGGUGCAGAGCUGAAUCUCACUUCUCCCACUGUCAAGACUCGUAAAACCACAUCACUGUGUGGACCAUUGCUGACUCUGGAAUUUGGUUUGUGCCUAAUGGCUCCAUGUCGUUUCCUUUAACUUUUGUAUGUCUGGGAGAGAGUGUGUGAGACGCAGAGAAAUUAUGGUUAAUGUCUUCAUUUGCCUUACAGGAGAUGUGUAGAAAGGUAUAAAGGCCCGAUAAGAUUUCAGCAGGAGUAUAUCUCUGCAAGGAUCUGUGUUACUUAUGUUUCAUCUGUUUUCUUUUAAUCUUUCUUGUAACCUGCAUACAGUAGAAGAGCCUUUUCUUUAAUAAACAGACUAUUAAUAUGUUGGA